AUGAAUGCGACACUGCGUUUGAGGACCGUGAGCAAUAUUUAUUUUUGUACACAUUUUUGGCGUUUCACCAUAUGCUGGACUGAUGAUAAUAUUAUCAAUUCUAUCGCUUUCCUUUUAACAGACAUCGUCUACAGAGUCACCUGUGCAAGUGACGACUGUCAUUCUCUUCACCUGGCUGUUGUUGGAAUCGCCGUUAAGUGUCAGACAAUGACGUGUGCACCCACAGACAGGAUAAAAUUUCGGAUUGCCUUUGAAGAUGCACACAUGGAGCAGGUUGUUUCCGCUAAACACAAUGGCAACAAUAAUUCAUCUCCUCGCGGACUUGACAAUGAUUUCCCCGAAUAAAAGCAACGACUGCUUCUGUAAAACAAGUUUUUGUCUUC